CUGAGCAGUAGUUGCCACCAGCCAUGGCUCCCAAAAAGAAGGCAGGCAAGGGGGCCAAGGAGCCCGAAGUCAAGAAGAAAGGUGGCAAGAAGGAUCUCAGCCUAGCUAAGCCCAUGGAAAAGUCUUCAAGCGAGGAGAUCCGGGAAUUCUACCACAUCCAGAUCCGUGACCUGGAGGACAGGCUGGCCCGGUACCAGCGGAAGUGGGAUGAGCUGGCUGUGCAGGAGAAGCUGUUCCGCCAGGAGUUUGAGCAGUUGGCCAAUAACAAGAAGGAGAUCGUGGCCUUCCUCAAGCGCACGCUCAAUCAGCGGGUGGAUGAGAUCGCCGACCUCAACGAGCAGCUCCAAAGUCUGCAGCUGGCCAAGGAGAUGGAGAAGGACGCCUUCGAGGCACAGCUAGCCCAGGUGCGUCAUGAGUUCCAGGAGACCAAGGACCAGCUCACCACUGAGAACAUCAUCCUUGGGGGGAAGCUGGCAGCCCUAGAGGAGUUCCGGCUGCAGAAAGAGGAGCUCACAGAGAAGUUCACGUUGCUGGAGGACCAGCUACGGAAGCAGGAGAGUGAAUACAAGGACUACGUGCACAACCUGGAGAAGAAGUCGGUGCUGGACAAGGACAGACUGAGGAAGGAAAUCAUCCAGCGCGUGAACUUGGUGGCUUCCGAGUUCCACAAGGUGGCCAAGAACCAGAUGUGGGACACGACGAAGCGGGCCAUCAUGGAGAAUAACGCGGUGACCCUGCAGCUGACCAAGGUAUCGCGGCAAGGCAUGCAGCUGCUACAGGAGAAUGAGCAGCUCAGAGGCACCCAGGACAACUUGUGCAAACAGCUGGAGCUGCUCGAGAACUCCCAGAAGGUCAUGGCCAGGCACAGCAAAGGCCACCAGAAGAUCAUCCUCAUGCUGACGGAGAAGUGCCGCGAGCAGCAGCAGGGCAUGGCGGAGGCCGAGCAGCUCCGCCUCCUGCUGAGCCAACAGGAGCAGGGCCUCCUGCAGCUGCAGAAGGACAACCAGGCACUGAGGAGCCAGAGAGACCAGAUGAACCUACAGCUGGAGCAGCAGCAGGCCGAGGUGCAGUGGCUACAGCAGCAGCUGACAGAAGAGCAGAAGGCUCGGGCAAGCCUGGAGAAGGCCCUGGCCCAGGCCACCUCCUUCCUCCGGGACAUUAUGCAGAUGCAGCCAGACAAGGAGGAUGGUGACUUCGAUGUAGUGUUCCAGCUGCAGCGCAAGGAGAUGCUGCAGCAGCUGCUGGUGAUGCUCAGCUCAGCCACGGUCCUGAGCCCCCAGAUGGCUGUGUGUUCCCAUCAGGAGAGCCAGCCCUGUGGCCCGCACAAGGAGAGACGGUCCAGGACCCAGCCACUCAAGACUGGGUCUCUGCUGCAGCAGCUAUCCAGCAUCACACCCUACCAGCUUGGGGACCUGGGCCUGGUGCCUCGACGGAUCCACAUCCCACCCAACCCUGAGGACCUCAGGCUGCUCUCACACACCACCCGUGUGGGAAACUUACAGGCACAUGGCAGCCUUGAGAUUCACACCUCUGGUUCUCCAAAAAGGUUCAAAAAGUUUAGUCUUCCUGAAGUUUCCCUACUUUCUAAGUAG